GGUGGAAGAGGGCUGUUAAGGAGUAAAUGGGGGGUGACUGUCAAGGGUGGGUUCUCCUAUCUAUGGUGGAGGAGGUUUACCCGCUGGAGGUUGGGUAUAUCGGCUUCACAGACCUUAAGUUAUAGAUCUCAUAACAAUACGGGCAGGAGCGGGCGGCGCCGUAAUAAUGAGAAUUGGGAUACACAGGUAAACUACAAAGAUACCUUGCGGACAGCAGUAACUCCUUUGCCCAAUGAUGGAUUCAGAAGCCCAUGAAAAAAGGAAAGGUGACUUGGUUCUUACCAGUCCAAAGCAAGAGUUAAAGCAUUGCAAAGUAACUCUUAACUCUGGGAAACAUUACUUCUGCGGCUACUGUGCUGCAUUCACAAAUAUAGCAAUUACCUUUCCUAUCCAAAAAGUGCUGUUCCGGCAGCAGCUGUAUGGGCUGAGAACCAGAGAUGCCGUUCGGCAGCUCCAGCAAGACGGGAUCCGUAACUUAUACCGCGGAAUACUCCCUCCUCUCAUGCAGAAAACCACUACACUCGCUUUAAUGUUCGGCCUCUACGAGGACUUCUCUAGCCUUCUGUUAAGGCACACAAACUCGCCGGAGCUUGUCACGCGAAGCGUAGCGGCAAUCCUUGCCGGAACGACCGAGGCCCUACUCACGCCUUUUGAAAGAGUCCAAACUUUGCUGCAGGACUACAAGCAUCACGAUAGAUUUACAAAUACUUACCAGGCCUUUAAGGUCCUGAGGUCCUACGGCGUUAGGGAAUAUUACCGUGGAUUGGUCCCCAUACUAAUCCGCAACGGACCCAGCAACGCGUUAUUUUUUGGCCUGCGUAACCCGAUCAAGCAGUGCCUUCCAGAAGCUAAAUCGUACAGUGCUAAUUUGAUUAAUGACUUUGUCUGUGGUGGAUUGUUAGGAGCCAUGCUGGGAUUUCUGUUCUUCCCUAUAAACGUGGUGAAAGCCCGCAUGCAGUCGCAGAUUGGAGGUGACUUUAUGUCUUUUGGCAAGGUCCUUACGACUAUAUGGACAGAACGUGACGGUAAAUUAACUCAUCUUUUCCGUGGUGCCCAUUUGAACUAUCAUCGCUCCAUUUUGUCCUGGGGGAUUAUCAAUGCAACCUAUGAGUUUCUUUUAAAGCUGCUCUAAGAUGGAAAGCGCGAUGGUGGUAAAUAGAGACGUCCCGUUUCCUUGCAGCCCAGUAAUUCAAAUGUUCUAAAACCAAAUUGCACUUUGUUUGGCAAAAGCAGGGAAUGGAUGAAACCAGGAAGCUGUCGCUGAUUCUAUGUAGUAAUCGACACAAGAACCCACUAGGUUCUUUUCUGUGUGAGUGCCAGGUAUUUGCACUGAUGGAGCACUUAUGUACAUUUUUGUAUAUGUGUUUAUUUUUGAAAGCUUUAAUGUCUACAUACACGCCAUACCUUGAAAUCUCGAUUUCUAUGUAUUUAAUACACAGGGAAAAAAAAACAA